AUGAUCUGUAAUAAUCAUUUAUUUCUUAUUUAUAGUUCUUUAUUCUUUGUAUCAUUGUAUAAUGUUAAUACAUUAAACUUGGAAAUAUCAUCCGAUUUUGAUUUAUCAUGGGACAAUUGUGGACCUAGUGAUGAUCCAAUUCAAUUGAAAAGUCUUGAUAUUAGUCCCGAUCCAAUUAGAGUGCCGGGAAAUAUUACUAUUACCGGUUCUGUUGAUGUAGCAUCUCAAAUUCCAACAGAUGUUCAUGCAGUAGUUUUACUUCAACGUAAAGUUGGCCCAUUUUUUGUCAAAGUUCCAUGUGUUGAUAAUUUUGGUUCAUGCAAUUAUGAUAAUGUUUGUGAGUUAUGGGCUGAAUUUUGUCCAAAGUAUGCAUCACAAUAUGGUUUACCAUGUGACUGUCCUAUUCCAGCAGAUACAUAUUCUGUAUCGAAAGCAAAUAUAUUUCUAAAAAAAAAUGUACCACCAGAAUUAUUAGGUGAAUAUCGAGCAACAGUUGAUAUUGGUUCAAGUGAAAGUCAUCUUGCCUGUAUUAAUAUUGAAUUAACUAUUAAGAAAUAA